AUGUCAGAAACUUGCCUCGAAAAGAAACGAAUCUCGAGAAAGGAAAUCAUCUUCAGAAAGAAUUUACCGAUUUCAACCGUUGAUGAAAUCCGAUCGACUCCUGUUUAUAUUCUCAUAUGGAUCCAUCAAAGUCAUCGCCAGCUCGACCUUCGGAUGUGUCUGAAAAGCUUUCGUCCGUGA